AUGUCAUCCUCGCCCAUACCUCGAAAGUAUUCCGAGAUGCCCCCUCGAUCGACACCUCCCCGGAGGAUCAGCACCUUCACGGAUUCUGGCGGGGGGACACCAGGGGAAAUGAGGAGAGGAAGUAGUGCGAUUGGCGCUGCCAGUGCUGAACAGCGUAAAGCAAGGAGAGAACAAUUUAGGAAUUUUUACGGUAUCAAGGAAGGUCCCGGAUCAGGUCAGACUGUUGACUCGCCUUCGGAUACUGCAAAUGGGAAACCAUUGGAUAUAGAUUCCAAUUCAUUUAACCCUUCUGCAUAUUAUGAAGAUCUGAUAUCGAAGAGUAAUCUCAAGAAAUUGAUGGAGAAAGCAUCAAUCUUAAAUGCAGAUAUAGGUAAUUUAGAAGGAUCUAGACAUAGUUUAGUAUACAACCAUCAUCAUCAGCUUUUCUCAGCUGGAGAUACGAUAUCAAAAUUGAAUUCCCGUACUCCCCAACUGCUAUCUAUAGUCGGCGAAUUACAAGAAUCUUUCUCCAAGAUUGAACAAUUGAUAGACUCGAUAUCUGUCAACGAUAUCAAAGUACCCCAUGAGGAUAUACCAAAGGGCGAUGAGAUUGGGCUGGUAUUAGAGGAAUUGAAACGUGGGAAGAGGAGAUUGGAACUGAUGAUACUCGCGAAAGAAUCAUCAGAGAAGAUACGGUCAACAGGUGAUGAGUUGGUGCGAAAAGUCAAAGACACAAAUACAGAUGGAAGUUUAGCUAGUAAUCAAGAUAUUCAAGCUAUACUGAAAGAGAUAGAAGGAUUGGUUGGAGAUCUACCUCGAAACAAAGACCAGGAUGCGGCAUAA